AUGUCGUUCUCCUCUCCCUUAUCGCCAGCAGCCCGUAGCGACGGAGCUAACCGUCUUACACGCGAAGAAUACAAGAUCAAAGCACUUGACGGAACCGAGAUAUCUCUAUGGAGAAUUGCUACUCGUACCGCCGCCGCCACUGAGACUCCGAAGCCAGCCCUGAUCCAUAUCUCUAGUGAUCUUCGCUCGGUAAUCCCCGAAGUCAUGGGCCUGGGCCUCGACGCCAUGAACCUCGAUAGGCUCAACCGCGUCAUCACCGAUAGGCUCGGGCCAAAGCCAUUGCACGACGCGGGGGUCGUCCUCUUGACAAUCACACCCCGUCCUGAGCAGCCGUCGCCAUUCUCGGGCCCGGUGGCGGACGCGUAUACGGCCUACGAAUAUGCACUCACUCAUGCCGACGACCUCCGCAUCCAGCCUCACAAGAUUGCCAUGUCGGGUAACUACGCUAGCGGCCCGUUCGCGUGGUCGGCCACCCACAUUGCCAUCAAACUUGGCUUGCCUGCCCCGUGCGGUGUCAUGGCCAUCAACCCACUCUUUCAUCCGGAGGCGAAAUGGGAGACGAAAGUGGGAAAUGAGACACAGUGGUUGACUCCCCUCGACGAACAGCGCGAGCGGGCUGUCCGCCACUGGCUGAAGACAAACUGGGAUGUUGCCUUGCGCCGGAUCGACUUCACCUUGUUUCCCGACAUCGUUCGAAAGUACACGGAACUGUUACAGCUGCCACGCGAGGACCUUAGUCGACUACCCCCCAUGUUCGUGGACGUCCAAUUCCAUUGGGACCGCCCGCGAGAGAUGCUUCAGGCGCGCGAGAUGUUGGCCGAAGCUGGCGUCGAAGUGUUUGGGUUUUACCAUCCGCCGGUAGAGUUGGAGCAGGUUCUCCGGGGGAGCUGGUACAGAGUUCAGAUCCACUCGGUGGAGGAGGAGAGAUGGCAGGCCAAGCGCCGGUUCUUCGAGAGGAUCUGGAAGAAUUGA